AUGGCCGAUGACGACCGCCGCGCCAAGCGCUCCCGCUUUGACCAAACCGAAGCUGAACCCCGUCGUUCACGAUUCGAUCGUCGUUCGCGAUCUCCCUCCGCGAAACAGUCGGAAUCCACCCGCACUCGAAGCCCUUUGAGUCGUGAGGCUCGCAGCCCGGCAGAAGAUGGACCGUCGAAACCAGCUGUCUCAGAUCCAGCAGCAGCCGCAGCUGCUGCCGCCGCCAAAAUCAAUGCUCAGCUGCAGGCAAAGAAGGGCAUCCAGCAUGUUGAUGUUCCCCCUAUUCGCACGACCGAGAGCCCUGGUAUGAAAUCCGAUGAGGCCGGCGCAGACGGCUCCAGCAAGGACGUUUAUGUCACAGAUGGAGACUAUAUCAAGGAUGUCGAAAUCAAUGAUUUACGCAACCGCUACACCCUAACCAAGGGUUCUACUCAACAAAUGAUUAAAGAUGAAACCGGCGCUGAUGUCACGACUCGAGGAAGUUAUUACCCCGAUAAAAAUAUGUCGACUGCCGCGAACCCACCUCUCUUUCUUCACAUCACCAGCACUACAAAGGAGGGUCUUGAGAAAGCCGUCCAAAUCAUUGAUGACCUUAUUCAAAAGGAACUCCCAAAUCUGGUUGAUGAGCGUAGAUUCCGCCGUCGAGAGCCUGAGACUCCCGUUGAGCGGGAUGAGUACGGCCGUCGCAAAUGGCCUGAUGAGCGUAUUCCAAUUGACCUUGAACCUAUUCCUGGGUUCAACCUUCGUGCCCAGGUUGUCGGUCAAGGUGGUGCUUACGUCAAACAUAUCCAGCAGAAGACCCGUUGUCGUGUCCAGAUAAAGGGUCGUGGUUCUGGUUUCAUUGAAUCUAGCACUGGAAGAGAAAGCGACGAAGCCAUGUUUUUGCAUGUCGCGGGACCGGACGCGAACGAUGUCCAGGCUGCUAAGGAGCUUUGCCUCGACCUCCUUGGUAACGUCAAGGAGCAGUAUCAGAAUUUCAAAGAUAACCCACCCCAGCAUAACUAUGGAGGAUAUCGCGGUGACCGUGGUGACCGUGGCGACCGCGGUGACCGGUAUCACGGUGGUGGUGAUCGUGGUGACCGUAGUGGUGGCGGUGGCUAUAACCGCCGUAAUGACUACCAGCAACAGCAACAGCACCAGCACCAUUCUCCUGCUGCGGCUGCUAGUCCCACCACUCCGGGCGCAGCAGGCGCUACCGCAGCUAGCAUGGCUGACUACAGUGCUCAGUACGCUCAGCAGUAUUACGGAGCUACUGACCCCUACGCUGCUUAUGGUGGGUAUCAGAAUUAUGUGGCAUACUACCAGUAUUACCAGCAAGCUGCUGCCGCCCAGCAGCAGCAACAACAACAGACGGAGGCGGCAGCUCCCCCUCCUCCCCCGCCAGCUAGCGAAGCUCCUCCACCUCCUCCCCCAGGUUCUGGAUCACCUCCUCCUCCGCCCGGCGGAGGCAGCUAUACUGCGGUUCCUCCCCCACCUGGUCUUUAG